UCUCCAAAGCACCCAUGCUUCUGUUUUUGUUAUUGUUGUGAGAUGUUCGUGGCACAGCUCAUCUCGGCGAAUGUGUCAGUGUAAAUUACACUUGUCAUCAGUCUCAUGCAUGUUUUCUCCUAUAUGACCGAACAUCGUUUCUCAAGAGGACAUUGUUCUGAUUAUCUAAGCUAAAUUGGGUGCAUUACUAUUCUGUUGCCAUGGAGAAGACAUUGGGGGUGGAGUUUCGCAAUGUCGGAAAUUGCUACUUCCCUCAGAGCAGAGUGGACUGCCACUAUACCAUCAACUCGCAGCACACAUGGGCCAGUAAUGACUGGAUUGGUCUAUUUAAAGUUGGCUGGUCAUCAAUCAAGGACUACCAUACGUUUGUGUGGGCAGUAGCACCAUCUAGCUACAAAGAGGGGACCUCCGUGAACUGCUGCGUUAAUUUCCAAGCUUCAUACCUACCAGGGCCUAGUGCUCAGCAGUACCAGUUUGUGUAUGUGGAUGGAAGGGGAGAGGUUUGUUCUCGCAGCACUGCCUUUACCUUCUCAGCCCCAAAGCCCAUGGAAGAGCUGGUGACUCUGGAGGAGGAGAGUCAAGGAGAGGAAGUGGGCGAGAACAUGUUGCUGGUCAUCCCCAGAGCCCAGCUACUGCAGAGACGUCUGCAGGAGUGUUUGAAGGAGCGUGCUGAGCUGCUUCAGGCUCUGGAAGCAGCUGACCAGAAUGUGGAGAGGGAGAAAGGCAGGAGAGAAAGAGACAGAAGCUCCUGGGAGCAGAGCCGCAAGGAGCUGGAAAGGAAGAUUGGCGAGCUGAAGGAGGAAGUGAGAGAAUAUAUCGAGAAAGUAGAGGAAAUGAAAAAGAAGCAGAAGGAAGCUGAGGAUUUAGGUAAGGGCCUGACAGAGGAGAAGGAAGCCCUGCUAGCUCAAAAAGAAGCUAAUGAGCAGCGAAUCAGAGAGCUAGAGGAGGACAUUAAAGUACUGACCCAGAGAGGCCUGGAGAGAGAGACUGACCUAGAAAGGAUGAGAGAACGGGCUAAGAAAGCAGCAGCUCAAAAGAAGGAAGAUGAGGAUGAACACAAGAACCUGAAGUUAAAGAUGGAACAGACAGAAAAAGAGCUGCACAGUCUUUCAUCAGAGUUUCAGAGUCUGAGAAGCUCACUGGCCCAGAGAGAUACACAUGCUCUACAGCUCCGAGACACCAUCACAACCCUCACACACAAACUCAACAGCGCUCACAGGAAGGAGGCAGCCAAUGAAGUAGCAUUGAGUGAACUCCGGAGUGUUCAAGAGCGUCUGAACGUGAGUGAACGCUGUGUGGAGACUCUGAGAGGGGAGCUGAGAGACAUGGUCGCUCAGAGGGACACCACACACGCCGAGCUCCAUCAGGCGCGUCUGCAGGCCGCACAGCUCACACUUCAGCUGGCAGAUGCAAGCCUGGCUCUGAGAGAGGGCAGAGCCAACUGGGCAAAGGAAAGAGAGACCCUGCAGCAGAAUGCUGAGAUGGACAAAGUGCGUCUGGAACGCCUAAAUGAUGAGAUCCAGCAGAAGGAGGAGAUGUUGCAAGAGGCGAGGAUGGAGAGAGAAAAAGCAGUAGUGGAGCUGGGACGAGAGAAAGACUGCAAUCGGGUUCAGCUAAGCGAGACUCGCCGUGAGCUGCAGGAGCUGAAGGCCAGCCUCAGAGUGGCUCAGAAAGAGAAGGAGCAACUGCAGACAGAAAUACAGGAAGUGAUGGAGUACAGCCGUCAGCUGGAGAGAAGGCUGGAGGUGCUGAGCGAUUCUAAAUGGAGUGAGACGGCCCUGCUGCAGAGCAGUCAUACAGAAAGCCCACUGCUAUCUGAUUCUGAGGACGAGAACCCUGAGGCCUUGCAGGAUGCACACUCUUCUGGGCCUCUGAACCACUACAGUCUGUGCGAGCAGCCCCAGGCUGACCUGCUGCUCCCGGCCACCCCGCCACCCUCUCCCAGACAUCCCUCCAGCAUGGACAUGGUGGUCAUCAGCCAACCUGCACCCCUCUCAUCUCCACACCAGCCCAGUGCUCACACACACACUCACAGCUCUGAGUCGGAGGAAGAGUUUGAGGCCGUUUUGUCAGGAGGCCACAGCCCUGGAGAGGAGACAGCUCUUCUCUUGCCUGACAACAGAGACGCUACCCUCGGAGAUCUGGCAGAGAGUCCCCUGUGGUGAGAAGCUGAACUGCAAGAACAGAGGGCCAGCGCAGCGUGGAUGGCUUUGCGCAAGCGCAACACGUGUUACGAGUUUUGUAUUUAGAAGCAUUUGCGCUUUACAUUAUAUUGACAUGAGUAUCUAAAUAUGCAAUUUGCUUUACACUUUAUAUGCACUUAGAAUAUGCAUAAGCUAUUAGACCUCUUCAUGUUGCACACAGUUUUAUGGUAACUUGCACGGACAUGUUAUUUUACACAUAUCAACUGACAAGAAGAAAGUGUCUGUAAUGAGCAGAUAGAGGGAAAGGUUGUAUUUGAGGCAGAGAAAAUAAUGUGUGUGUUUCUGUGUGUGUUAGGGUUGUUUAUUUUGAUAAAUCUUCAUUUUCUUGUGUUUUAUCUGAGUUCUGCCAUAAGGCUUGUAUGGUUAUAACAGUUAUCAUUAAUCUGCAUCAGCAAUAACGUAAAGCACAAUGCCAUCAAGAUCUUUUCAGGUUUUAAAUGUAAGAUUUAGUUUGGGUGCUCUUCAUUUCGUGGGUCUUGUGGUAGAAGUAUUUUGAAGAAAUGAUGUUUGAAGAAAGAUUGUGUGAAAGUUCACACAUAAAAUGAUUAUGUGCAAUGGGCUAAACCAGCGACUGAUCGUUCAGUUUGGAUGUAAGAGUAAAGAGUGGCACUUUUGAUUCCUUUCAGGAAGUUUACCGCCAUCUUCGUGUAAAAUUCAUACGCCCGAGAUCUUCUUUGGAGAAAAUCCACUUUAGCAUGGAAACUGGGGUUUUAUGAACAGUUUAACUAGUUAUUUUAAUGAAUUUAAUUCCUCCAAAUUUAUAUUUGGUGCUUCAUCUUAGUUUCCUGCAUUGUAUCGAAACACUGUUUUACAUUAAGGAUGAAAUUAGUAUUUGUAUGUCAAAUAUAUUUAGACAGACAGCUUAACUACUCAAUGUUCCUCUUCGGGUUGGAGAUAUAUUAGAAACUUUUUGCAGUACUGUAAGAAGGUUUUUUUAAUUUAUUUUAAGGGUUGAAUUGAACUUUUUUAAAUUGUGCCUCACUAAAUUGAAGAAAUCUCGUGUUUAAUUUAAUUGAACGUGUGAUGGCUUGAUGGUGCAUCACGUUGAUCAUGUGGAGAACAUUAUUUGGCCGUGUUUAAACUUUGCUGGAGCUCAUUACCUGAGGAAAAAUUCACAAUUUCAAGACACCACGAUUACAUUUUAAUUACAUUCACAGGGAAAGUAUUUUAAUGCAUAUAUUAAAAAGUAAAAUAAUGAAGGGGAAUAUUAAUGAAAAGGUAUCAUACAUUAAAUGUUUUUUUUCUUUUUAAUGUUUGAAACAUUUUCCUGUUGAGCUCACUGUACUCACAGAACUUCUGUUUGGUUGAUUUGUUCUUGCUGUUUACUGUAGGGUGACGUUUAAAUAGCUCCUAUAUGUUAUUUGCCUUUUAUACAACAUGUCAUAAUCUGUAUUGACUUUAAAAGUGAUGUAACCAUUACACCUCACUGAAACAGGCUUUUGCGAUCACUUUGUAUUCAUCAGUCUACUGUAUUUGUAUUGUGCACUGGUCACUGUACUCUAGAGCGUCAUCUUUAGUGUCAGGAUAUCUGAGAUUGAAAACAGUUCCCAUUUUCAUGAGAUAAACUUCACCUGAAAUGUAACCUGAAAGCUCAGUUUGAUCACCCAGUAGAUGCAAAAAAAAAAAAAGAUUCCCGUUAGCCACUAUACUACAACCGUAAACCUGUUUAUAGCAGGCAAUAUGUUAAGAUUAGUCCUACGUAAUGGUUGUCCACUUUCCUGAGUUUCUGUAAUGUCUAAGAGACAUUGUCUUUAAGAACGCAGGUCAUUUCAGGGUAAUACAAUCAAAGAAUUUGUUUUAUUGUUUGCUUUUUUUGUGCAGUUAUUCCUACUUUCACUUAUCUAACUUUGUUUUAGGUUAUGCCGUUCUGUUCAGGAUGUGGGAUGGGUUUCAUUAAUAAAAUAAUUAAUGUAA